AUGUUACGCACCGCGGCGGAGACUAGCGCUCUCAUUGCUUUCCUAUUAUCUACAACUACAGCUACCGUCUCAAAUGGUACCUCAGCCGUCACUGGGUUUCCUCCAUGCGACGCGUUCCUCUCCACUAAUCUAACUUCCCGCCUCGUCCUCGCCACCUCGCCCGCCUACGAACCCCGCGUCCAAAGCUAUUGGUCCGGCAACGCCCGCCUCCGCCCCUGGUGCUUCUUCCAACCCCUCACCACGCAAGAACUCUCCACCGCCAUCACCGCCCUAACAGCGGCCGGCUCUGGGGCGGGAGACUGGCACAUCGCCGUCCGCGGCGGCGGAAAUUCCGGCCCGGGGAUCAGCAACAUUGCUAACGGCAUCACCAUCGACCUCGGCAUGAUGAACCGCUCGUGGUACGAUCCCGGGAGUGGUUUGGCUAGUGUUGAGCCUGGGGCUGUGUGGAAAGACGUUUAUUUCAGCUUGCUGCACAACGGCAAUGUUACGGUCACCGGCGGACGCGAUGGCGGCGUGGGCGUGGGCGGAUUUCUCCUUGGAGGCGGGAACUCGUACCAUACCACGCGGAAUGGGUUUGGCUGCGACACAGUUAUCAACUACGAAGUCGUGCUCGCGAACGGAAGCAUCGUUGACGCGAACGCCAACAAGAAUGCCGAUCUCUGGCGGGCGCUAAAGGGUGGUGGUAUGAACUUUGGCAUCGUGACAAGGUUUGAUAUGGAAGCUAUGCCAGCCGUUGAUCUGGCGUAUGGGCAGAGCGUUAUCGCGGCGAACUACAGCGACCAGGUCGUGGACGCGGUGGUUGAUUUCACGAAUCGGCCGGAAGAGCUGGGGAGGAAUGAUCACCUCAUUGUGUUAUAUACCCACGAUCCAAAGAGCAGCGAGGAUGUGAUGAUAGAGGUUAUCCGCGCGAACACGCAGGGCAAUCUGAACACGGCGGGGUUUGAAAAGGUCACUGACAUCCCAGCGUUGAGCAGCACCUGGGAACUCAAGUCGCUCGCUGACGCGGCGAAUGAGUCGCAGGUUGCUGGUGGAGGGAAGAACGUCCGCGCAACCCUAACCUUCCUCAACAAACCCCCCAUCCUCCGCGCCACUGUCUCCCUUCACGCCGACCUCGUCCGCUCCCUCUCCUCCUCCAUCGGCACCUCGAACUUCAUAACGCAAAACUUCUUCCAGCCCCUCCCCUCUUACCUGUCCGCCAUUGGACAGCGCCAAGGGGGCAACGUGCUCGGCCUCGACCGCAUCCCCGGCAACGCUAUUCUCUGGACCGCUGGCGUAUCCGUUACUAAUGGAGAUGAUGCUGCGGUCGCGCUAGUACAUGCGGAAGUGAGCAACAUGAUGGUGAAGCUCAGGGAGGUGGCGGAGAAUGAGGCAGGAGGUGUGGAUUGGGUGUAUUUGAACUAUGCGGAUGUGAGUCAGGAUUCGCUGGGGAGUUAUGGGGAGGAGAAUGUGGGGUUUAUGAGAGAGGUGGCUGGGAAGUAUGAUCCGGAGGGGUGGUGGCAGAGGAUGGUGCCGGGGGGGUUCAAGCUUGAGAGAGUGACUGGGUAG